GUUCCCAGGCUGGCGGCGCGAGGACACACAGCCAAUGGAUCACUAGGGGCCUGGCAGUGCCCUAACGCAGCAGCUGUACUAGGAGGCCCACCACCACCACCACUACCACCACCAUGUCACCUCGCUACUGCCAUCCAGCACGCCUGUAGCACCGCCGCACACCACACACGCGCGUUUAGUAGCGAGGAGCACCUGACGAAGCCUCCCGCAGCUGACGGAGGCCACGGCGAAGUGAACGCGACAGUAGAAACCAUUUGAAGAUCAUCACUCACCACAACCACCACCACCACCACCACCACUCGCUUCCCUUCGCCAGCAGGACCCCGCGGGGACAGUGCCCUCGUGAUUCCUGCCGUUGCUAACGCCGAGGUGGGUCCAGGCUUGUCCAGCACUGCACCGGAGGGCCGCAAGGACUCUGCUACCUAUUUCGCUGUCCGUACCCUUUCAACCGUUCAAGCCUGUGCCACACGCCGCCCCUGGCCACGCACAACCAGCCAGAGCCAGUACCCGCAAGCCCACACGCGUCCCAAGACACACGUCGCAGUGAAGUCCUCGCCGCUCACCUCACUCCACCAGCGGGAUUCACACUCCUUGACCCGGCCACCACCUCCGCCACCACCGCCAUCAUCUCCACCACCACCACCAGCAUUCCCACCGUUCCUUCAGACUCCCCGGCGACCUCCACCACCACCAGCCUCUUCGGUGUGGGCGGGGGGAUGGCGGGCGGCUACCUGGGAGGCGCAGGGGGUCUAGGGGCGGGCCUCCCCACCUGCCCACAGAGAUCCUGAUGGACGAGUAUAUGUUCGGCCGCCGCAGACAGCGGCGCAACAGGACAACCUUCACGGCACAGCAGCUGAGUGAGUUGGAGGCGUUAUUCCAGCGCACCCAUUACCCAGACGUCUUUCUGCGGGAGGAAGUCGCCUGCAGGAUCAACUUGUCGGAGGCUCGCGUGCAGGUGUGGUUCCAAAACCGGCGGGCCAAGUGGCGCAAACAAACAAGGAUGCAGUUCGUUCAAGACGCGUGGCGGCUCCGCUACCUGGGUCUGUCCCCGCCGGCCUGGCUCACGCGCUCCCCCCCACCACCUCCUGGCCCCGGCAGCCCCACAGCGGGGCGGGGCCAGGCGGCGCUACCAUCGCCCCCGCUUCCUCUCCCACCCAGCUCCGCCUCCGAGGCUCCAGUGGGCGGGGAGAGACCGCCGGUGAGCACCGCCCCCCGCCGCGCCUCGCCUCCCCCAACGGUCACUACCGCCCCGCCAACCAGCCUCACCGCCGACGAGCACCUGGCCGUCGCUACCAGCAUCAGCAACCUCGGGGCGGCGGCAGCGGCGACCCUGCGGUGGCGUGGCGAGGAGCACGUGGGAUGUCUCGGGGCGGGCCUCUGUCCCUGCCUCAGCCACACCUCCCUGCACGACCACCCCCUGCUGCCCCGCCUCGCCCUACCAAUGCACCUUGCCCACACCCAGCUCAGUAGUCGCCCCUCAUCCCCCGAGAAACGACCGCUGGGGAGGACCGACGAAGGACCCCUGCCCGCCCCUCCCUCCCGCCACGCCACCCGCCACGACAACGACGACGACGAGGAGGAGCUGACGGUGACCCAGGAGAGCGAUGAUGACCUCACGCCCACUGACCUAUCCGCCACUAUGACUUCCGCCUCAACGAAAUAGGGUCAUUUUGGGUAUCUAGGUCUAUUUCUCUGUUCUUCCAAGUCUCUCUCUCUCUCUCUCUCUCUCUCUCUCUCUCUCUCUCUCUCUCUCUCUCUCUCUCUCUCUCUCUCUCU